UUUGACACUUGACAGUGACAGCAGACAGGCAAAAGAAUUUAAUUUAUUUAGAUCCACAAAAUGUGGCGAAAAUUAUAAAAUUGGAAUCUCGAGCACUAUUUAUGUGUGUUAAAAAGUGUUGAAUACAAUAAUUAGAUGUAAGUGCAAACAGAAAAUAUUUUUGUACUAUAUUAAUACAAUGAGGAAAUAGCACAAUUUUGAAGACUACGAAACAAAGAAACCGGUGUGAUACCGGUAAUACAACAUGGAUGAAGAAGAGGAAUAUGUAGAAUCUGCUUGGACCUACAUAGCAUUAUGUGGUGAACCUACACUAUACGAAGGACUCCGAUUCGCCAAGGAUUUAAUCAUAGCCAACGUUGCGCUACGACUCAUCAUACAGUUCGUACCGCUGCCUCAUAAUGUUCGCCACAGUUUAAGUUUAGUCAUCGGCAGUUUUCUAUUAUAUUAUAACAUAGGACCUCCCUUUAUUUGGACUGUGGGACUUACUGCUAGUGCCUACAUAUUAAUAAUCUUGGUCUCAUUUGUUACAAAAAAAUGGAGAGGUCUGGUCAUGUCAAUAUCUGUGAUUGGAUUCCUAUUAUUGUGCGAGUUGUAUGUUCUUAAUCCAAAAAUGUGGCAACAAAUAAGGGGCAUUCAGAUGAUAGCAGCUAUGAAGAUAAUUUCUGUGGCAAUUGAAUUAGACAGAGAUUUGUUUAAAAGAAUGCUUAACCCUGUUGAAUUCGGAGGAUAUGUACUAUGUCCAGCUAAUUGUAUUUUAGGCCCAUGGAUAUCAUUCCACAACUACAAUCAGUACCUAGAAAUUAAGUUCUUAUCUAGAAGAUGGAUAAAAAUAAUUGUGGUGAAUCUCUUCAUAUCUAUGGUAUAUUUGGUUUUAUCUAACUGUAUUGUACCAUGGUAUAUUGAUGAUGAGAUGCCAAAAUGGUUAGUGGCCUAUAGAGAUGCACAAGCUUUCAGAAUGUCACAUUAUUUUGUGUCUAGCAUGUCAAUAGUAUCAAUGAUAAGUGCAGGAUUUGGACUUACAAAUGACUGCCACUCUGAAGUACAAGUCACUAAACCAUUUUUCAUUGAAUUGCCAAGAUCCCUAGUCCAAGUUGUAAUUUAUUGGAACAUUCCAAUGCAUCAGUGGUUGAAGAACUAUGUUUUCAAGACAUGCCAGCCAUAUGGUCAAUUUACGGCUAUAUUUGUUACUUAUGCUGUGUCAUCAUUGCUCCAUGGAUGGAAUUUUCAGUUUUCAGCUGUACUUCUAAGUAUUGGAACAUUUUCUUAUGUUGAGUACAAUCUACGCUACAAAGUAGCCUCAACUCUGGAAGUGUGUUGUUUGGCUAAUCCUUGUAAUAAGCAAUGUGAUCAUAAGUACAAGAAGAACACUUCAGUUGCCAUUAUAACAAACACUAUAUUUUCUAUAAUUACGAUAAUACAUCUUGCAUAUUUAGGUGUGAUGUUUGAGGCAUCAUUUUCAGUGCAAGAAUCAGGUUACUCAUACUUCCAUACUAUAAGUAAAUGGGAAAACCUCGAUUAUUUCAGUCAUGGUCUUGCCAUAUUUUUUUAUGUGAUUUAUUUGUUAAUGUGAUAAUAAUACUUUAGGAAAGUAGUAUUUAAGCAUGUUUUAUAGUAUUUUCUGAAUCUCUUCUUGUGAUCUCUUACAGUAUUAUACAUUUACACUUCAUGUUUAUAAAAAGUUUUCAAGACUUCGAUAACUAAAACAAUAAUAUCUUUAUCCAAUUUACUUAAUUUUAGAUACAUCUUAAUCAAAGACAAGCAAUAUUAGUGUAACUUUAAAUAGAAGGAUUUUGCAAAUUUUAGGGUAAAAUUAAAAUGUCUUCUAAUAGAUGCUAGUUUCUAUGCACAUUACUAUUUCGUAAUUCUGCACAAUAAGCAGGUACAGUUUGAAUUUAAUGUUUUUGAUACCUGUCUUACCUGUACUUAAACUUUGCAAAUUCUUUGCACUCAAAUACACAAAAAGUAGACUUUUCAUAAAAUUUACAUAGGUAUUUUAAGUCUAAAAGUAGUUCUAUUCAAAUACUGAAGUACUCAACUGACCAAUAAAUGUUGGGUUGAGUAUAAGCAUAAAAACUUUUUCUUAAACUUCUUUAUCUGUAUAUUUCCUGGGUUCAAAGAAAAACAUGAAUUAUUAUCACUGCCACUUUAUUUUGUUAUUUAUUAUAAACAUGUUUUUCUCAUAAUAACAAUCAAUUGUUCUAACAUUUACUUGGUAUGUGUUACUAAUACUAUCCAAUAUUUGGACUUUAUAAUUUACAUCUUCUGGCAUUGGAACAUCUCCAAUUUUAUAUGUUUCUUUGUUGGAACUAAAAUGUUCUGGUUUAGUAUAUAUUAGGAUAACUUUAUAUUCUUUAGCCACUUUUUGUAU